UCCAUACAGUGAAAAGACAACGAAACUUGUCUAAGUAGUAUUCAAAAUGGCUUUUACAGGUGUUAUAUAGGUUUGUAAACUUAUUUCUUGCUUAGCCAUACUUAAAGCCAUAGUUUGGGUUUUAUCGGACUGCAGUUUGAAGGACUGUCGUUCGAAGAAGAACAAUGUAUCCGGCCCGGCGCUGUUCAUCGCUGCUUCACCGAGACCUGGCCGCAGUCUGUCUCUCAUCACUGGGGACACAUCCAAAGCAGUCCGGUCCGCUGAAGAAAAGCAGCUUUCCGAGUUCACGAAUUCCUCCUCCUCCAAUAAGGUCCAACUCAUCACCCGUUCUGCUCAGUUCUUUACAAGUGUGUCAGAUGGGCAGCAGCAGCAGCAGCAGCAGUAGACUCUUCAGUACUCUGGCCCAGACUCUGAGCAGCGCUGCGCUGGCAGACCCGCAUGUGGAUACUGACGACUACGAGUAUGAGCAGGCUGAUCCGGAUGCGCUGUUGCGUGAAUGCGAGGAGGUUUUGAGGAACCGGCCUCCUCGACUGCACCGAGACUUUAUGAUGACCAGAGCCUGCUCACUGCAGAACGCACCCAUCCGUGUCAUGCAGUGGAACAUGUUAGCACAAGCUCUGGGUGAAGGCAAGGACGGUUUUGUGCGCUGCCCAAUGGAGGCACUGAACUGGUCAGAGAGGAAGUAUCUCAUACUGGAAGAGAUCCUUACCUACAGGCCAGAUGUGCUGUGUCUACAGGAGGUGGACCACUACUUCGACACCUUCCAGCCGGUGCUCGCCAGCUUAGGCUACCAGAGCAGCUUCUGCCCCAAGCCAUGCUCCCCCUGCCUGGACGUUCACAAUAACAACGGCCCCGAUGGCUGCGCUCUGUUCUUCAACCGCCGUCGCUUCCAGCUGCUCCACACCGCUCACCUUAGACUCUCUGCCAUGUUGCUCAAAACCAACCAGGUUGCUAUCGUGGCUACGCUUCGCUGCAGGUUCACAGGUCGAGUCUUCUGUGUGGCAGUAACGCACCUGAAAGCGCGGAGCGGCUGGGAGGCGUUUCGAAGCGCACAGGGGGCUCACCUCCUCCAGCAGCUCUGCGAACUAACCACACAGUCGCACCCGGAGAUGGAUGAUGAAAACCGGACUAGGGUUGGGGAAAGCGAAGACGGUAUUCCGUUGGUGGUAUGUGGGGAUUUUAACGCGGAACCGAGUGAGGAAGUGUACAGGCGCUUUAUGACUUCUCCUCUGGGGCUAGAUAGUGCUUACAAGUGUCUGAGUGAGGAUGGGAACACAGAGCCACCCUACACCAGCUGGAAGAUCCGGCCCAGCGGAGAGAGCCGCUCCACCUUGGACUACAUUUGGUACUCGGAAAGAGCGUUCCAGGUGGACGCUGUGCUAAAGAUACCAAGUGAAGAGCAGAUCGGGCCGGACCGGCUUCCAUCGUAUCAUUAUCCCUCUGAUCAUCUGUCACUGGUGUGCGACCUAAGCUUUAGUCGGCAGCCUCAUAGGCUCAUGUAGCUGUCAAUCAUUAGAGCUCUCCAAUAGGGAUCCAGAGCAGCAUAGGACAUUCCUAGAGUAUGUGUGCGCACAUCUGAAUGUGAGAAUGCAUUAUUUGCAUUAUUGCAAAGAAUGCAACAUAUUUUAUUCACAUAAACUUUAUUUUUACCUGCUGAUGUAGGUCUUAAUGCACCUUUCUGCUUAUUAAUUUCCUCGAUGGAGAUGAAUUAUUAUGCUCUCAUUAUUUGCUAAACAAAGGUUGUGCAAUAUAUUGUAAUUUAUUAAGUUCUAAAGGAUGAUCUCAGGAAGACGCACAUUCUCAAUUAAAAGGUUCCACAAGUGGAAAGAUGUUUAUAUUUAUACUGACUGUACUUUUUUUUUUCUUUUAGUAACACUGUAAUCAUUGAUAUGUUUGCCACUGACCAGUAAUCUCUAAAUACAUCACCAUGUAUUUAAAUUGUGUGGUCUUUUUCUUUAAUGACAAGCUAAUGAAUCAGAAAUCUCACACAUUCACAGCAAAUUUAGCUUAACAUAAGCUUGACUCUGUGCAAUUAAAGAUGACAUUAAAAUUAAUGUCUAAUCUUAACAUGCUUUGCAAAGCUUCCUAUUUGUUGUGCACUGCCUGUUUAUCAUUUAUUUGCCUGUAAAUAGCCUAGUUACUAAUAUCCAUCAUUUUACCUUCUCUGAGAUCAAUGGCAUCUUUAUUUCCAAUGUCAGCCAUGCCAAACGUUUGUAACGUUAUAUUUAAACAAAUUCUUUUCACAAGUCUAAACAACAGAGGCAUAUAAGCUACUUACCUGACUCAUAAGACAUUUUUUGAUGUCCAUCUUUCUUUCAUUAUUGGGAGAGUUGUGGUGUUGGAUCAUCUGUAACGGUAAGAAGCAGAGGCGGGCGGAGCUGAAGCUCAACUAAUCACCAGAACAUUGUUCCUCCGCAUGUAACUUGUAGUUUGAUGCUUCAACCGCUAGAGGGCCAAGAGUUACAUGGUGUGUAGAUUAGUUUUUUUAAUUACCUAAAAAAAUCUCAUUUUAAACAUUGCAAUUAUUUCUCUCUACUUAAUCAACAUUUAUUUUGUUAACAUAUUCCUCGUGCAGCCUUCUAAAUCCAUUAUUUAAUGGUGAAAUCUUUUAUGAUCCGGAUGCAAAGAUUGUCAUGCUUUAGUCAAUCUAUUCUGGUCCAAAUCCCUCUGAGCCCAUUAACAAAAAAACAGAUGGCUUUGUUUAAAGUUGCCAACACAGUAAAGCUCUCCAGUAAUCCUAGUACAUUCCACAGUGACUAAUAAAGUCUCUGUAGUAUAACAUCUAUAUCUAGAGAAAGUUUGUGUGCAGGAAUGUAGAUACUUUGGGCUGUGUAAUAAUAUGGUUUCACAAUGGGUAGAAAAUGAACUGAAAUUCACACCAUGAAGACAGGUUCCCUACACUUUUUCUAUGGGUCAUUUUGUAAUAAAUGGAUAAA